AUGGCGGACUCCACACAAUCCGAUGCCGACAAGAUCCGUGCAAAGCGCCUGGCCAAGCUGGGUGGUCCGGCAUCAUCUAGCACGACAACACCUCCCGCGCCAGCAGCAGAGAACGAGCAGCCCGCACCAGCGACAGCGCCACAGGCCAGUGAUGCCACAGCAGAGAGCGAUCCAGCGAUCGCCAGCCAACGAGCCAAUUACUUUGCCCAGAUGCCCGCGAAAGCGCCCGAGCCGAAGUCGACAACCCCUCAAAUCACUGUCAAGCCCGCUCCCCGACCGGCGUCACCAGCGAAGCGAGAACGAGAUGGAUCGGAGAAGGCACAGUCGAGGACGGUAUCACGAAGCGAGCGACCUCCGGAGAGCAUCGAGAAGUGGCAGGACAGGAAUCUACGGCAGAUCUACCGGGUCACACUGAAGCCGGAAGAAGUGACUGACGGGCAUGGCAACAAGCUGAUCUUCCUGAGCAACACUAAGGAAGAGCUGGAGGAAGCAGACUCGCCGCUGAUGCUGGAUGUCAACGGCUCAGAUGGGAUUUUAUCAGAAGCAGCUGGACAGGCGCCGGGUGGCAAGGUUUUCGAAUACUUCCUGCAGUGCUUCAAGCGCGUUUCUCGAGCAAUCCGAGGCUCCAAGUACGAUGGACCGGACGAUCCGAAGCAUGGCAUCUUGAAAGAGGCAAGGAGAUUCUGCAUGAGCUACUGCAUCUUUGCAGUCACGAUGCCUGACAUGUUCGAGAACAACGCGUCCACGUCCAAUCCGUUGGUCGCCCACCUGAAGGCAGAUCCGGAAUGCGAGGUUGGUAUUUGCACCGACUUCCUGAACGAGGCAACAUCACGCUUCGAAGAGGACGACUCCAUUAAAGAGGCGGUGGUAGGAGCAGCGGAAGAGCUGAGCAGACAGCUGGCGAAGCAGGACAUGCUCGGAGACUAUCAGAAUUACGUUCGUGGGCUGAGAAAUCUGCUAAGAUACCCUAAGAUCGUGGAUGCAGUGACGGAAUCGCCGCUGUGGGCACCAGGAGACGUUGCAGCACAGGAGAUUGAGACGAAGACGAUACUUGGUCCGUUCUUCCGGAUAUCACCCGCACAGCAAGACGUGGCAAACAGCUAUUUCUCGGCGCCCAGGACAAGAGAUUCAGGCUUUGUCAGAAAUGGGCAGAACGCUAUUCGCAUGACCCUACGGACACACCAACAUGAGCUCUUCGAGAUUACCAACAGCAUCGUCAAGUCAGGACCAGUCUCUCGCGGCCGGAUACUGGACUGGCUCGCAAUCUGUGUGAACAAGAACCACAAGAAGCGCGCGAUGCGUCCUGAUCCUCGCAUCAUCUCGACUGAUGGGUUCAUGAUAAACGUCACGAAUGUCCUCGACCAGCUAUGCGAUCCCUUUAUGGACGCGCGAUUUGGAAAGAUCGAAAAGAUUGAUGUGGCUUACCUACGACGAAACCCCCGUGUUGACAUUAGCGACGAGACCAAGAUCAACGCCGAUCAGAAGGCGGCUGAUGAGUUUUACGCUGACAAGGUUGACGGGACGAACAACUUCAUCUCCGAAGUCUUCUUUCUCACAGUCGCUGCGCACCACUAUGGUACCGAAGCGGCGCAAGAACAGAUCGGACCGAUGCGGAAGACGAUCAAGAGAGGUGAGGAGGAGCUCAAAGCCAUGGAAGCAGAGCGACACAAAUACGUGAACGACCCGCGAUACCUGGCUAAAUACGAAGAGAGUCUCCAAAGGUACAAAAACCAUCUCGACAACAUGGCUAGCCGAAUUCACGCAACCGAAGGUAUUUUGCUGGACGAUCUGAAUCAAGCUCGGUCGAUGCAGUUCAUGCGAUACGUGAUUGUGUGGCUGCUGCGUCUUGCCACCGGACAGAACCUCCCGACAGCACAGCUGCAGCUUCCUUUGCCGGAGACGCAAGCGGAUGUGUUCAGAUUCUUGCCGGAGUACUUCUUGGAGGAUAUCGUCGACAACUUCAAGUUCAUCACACGGCACAUGCCAAAUAUCAUCACGCCACAGCAGUCCGAGGAGCUGGUGCAAGUCUGCAUCACCUUCCUCAGGAGCACAGAAUACGUCAAGAACCCUGGUGUCAAAUCCGGACUGGUGACGAUCCUCUUCACCGGCGUCUAUCCAUGGGGUCACAACAGACGCGGAAUUCUGGGCGACCAGCUGAUUGGAUCGUCCUUCGCCCACAAACACCUGCUUCAUGCCCUAAUGAAGUUCUACAUCGAGGCCGAAAACACUGGAACGCAUACGCAGUUCUACGACAAGUUUAACAUUCGCUUCGAGAUCUUCCAGGUCAUCAAAUGCAUCUGGGUCAACACCAUCUACCGCGAAAACUUGGCUAAAGAGGCCCGAGUGAAUACCGAGUUCUUCGUUCGAUUCGUCAACAUGAUUGUCAACGACGUCAACUUUGUACUGGACGAGAGUCUGGGAAGCUUACGCAAGAUCAACGAGCUCACCAAGGAGCUUGCCGACCCUGUCCACAUGCAAGGUCUCAGCGAGGAGCAGCGAAAGGAGAAGCAGGAGCUGCUUGACGAUCAGAAGGGAAAGGCCAGGAGCUACAUGGGUCUCACCACCGAGUCGAUGGAGACUCUCGUACUUUUCACUGAGACACUACCCGAUUCCUUCACAGCAAAGGAGAUCGUCACACGACUAGUGGACAUGUUGGACUACAACCUCAUGACACUCGUCGGACCCAAGAGCAAAGAUCUCAAGGUCGACAACAUGCAAGAAGAGUACAAGUUCAACCCACGACAGCUUCUCAGCGACUUCAUCACAGUCUACGUCAACCUCGGAGAGAAGCAGAACUUCAUCGAAGCCAUCGCCGACGACGACCGCUCCUACAAACCCGAACACUUCGACAAGGCCGCCAACAUCAUGAAAGACAAAGCAAUGAAGAGCCCAGAAGAGCUACGUGCGUGGGAGCGACUUGGCAAGAAAAUCGCAGAGGUCAAACAAGCCAAGGCCGACGAAGAAGAGGACCUCGGAGAGAUUCCAGAAGAGUUCCUCGAUCCCCUCAUCGGCGACCUACUCACUGAUCCAGUGUACCUCCCGACCAGCAGAACCACUGUCAACAGAUCUACUAUCCGACAACAACUGUUGAAUGUACCCGAAGACCCCUUCAAUCGCAUGCAUUUGACGAUGGAUCAGGUUGUGGCAGUACCGGAAGUAUUGGAGAAGAUCGAGAAGUGGAAGGCAGAGCGGCGCGCAGAGAAGGCCGAGAAGAUGGACACCACUUAA